UACUAUUCAUACACCACAACAAAUUGAUGUUUUUUACAAAAAAGGGGGCACGGCGCUAUUUGUAGUUCUCGAAGCGCCGUCGCGGCCGGUGAUGACGACAUAUCUCCGCGACUUGUAGUUCCUGUCAGGCAGAUAAUUUAGUUGGUACGCGAAUGAAAGAUACUCUAAUAUAAAUCACUUAUAUAAUUCAAUAACCAGCACAAUUAGGAAUGUGUGUGUUCUCUUGGCGUUUCGUAAAUAGCAGUAAACAUCUCAACUCGACGAAAGCUUGAAUAUAGUAUCACGUGAACGGUUAGCCUAGUUAGCUACGUGGCUACUUCACGUGUGUAUUGAUAACUGGGAUCGCUGUCAUUCAAACUCGUUGUGGUUUGAAUACUGUGCUUUAUUGUGGUUCAGUGGGUCUUUUUAGAGCUACUCGUAUGGCUGGCAGCAGGAUGAAGCUGGAGCUGUGCCGUGUGGCUCAGGGAAGGAGUCGGCUGGGUGUGCUGAAGGGGCUCGGCAGGACGGGACAACACUCUCUGGAAGUCCCGGGGUGUCUGCUGCACACACACUUGGGCUCAGUGCCCCACCUCACCCAGGACACACUGCACACCCUGAGCAACCUCCCCUCUGUCACCCAGGUCACCCUGUCCAAUAUAGCAGAGCACCAGGAUGUGUUGGAGGAAUUUAAGGGUGGAUUCAGGAAGUUUGCAGGUCUUCAUGAUACUGUGUUGUACUGCUCGCUUCAUGACCCCGCGACCCCCAGCCCGACAGGUUACACCACUAACAAGACGGUGUCAGUGUGGGGCAGCGGUGGGCGGAUCGAGCUCACGGUGGCAAAGUUCAUGGCUCUCCAGAAGAGCGUGCAGCCAGACUGGUACCAGAGCAUGGCCGACGGAGAGACCUGGCAGAACGGCACCUCCCGCAAAAGGGUUCGAAAGUCUGUGGAUCGAACUCUUGCUCACCUGGAUGAGUGUCUGCUGCUUCACCAAAAGUCACAGGAGCUGGAGGGAGUGGAUGUGUUCGGGGUGGUGGAGGGAGGAGACAUCCUGGAGGAGAGGCUGCGUUCAGCCAGGGAGACCGCCAAGAGGCCCGUGGCGGGAUUCUGCCUGGACGGCCUUCAGACGGGCUGCAUGGAGCAGACUCUGAGGACCCAGCUCAUCACUGCUGUGACUAAGGAGCUGCCUGAGGACAAACCCAGGCUGAUGCAGGGCGUAGGACGGCCUGAUGAGGUGCUGGCGUGCGUGGAAGCCGGCGUGGACCUGUUUGAGAGCUUCUUUCCCUUCCAGGUGACGGAGCGAGGCUGUGCUCUUUGCUUCAGCUUCAACAUCUCCCCGGACCCGGAGCUCGCAGGUAGAGCGCUCCCUGCAGUGCUGGAGCUGGAUGAAGCGCGGGACACGACGGAGGAGACGCAACAGAACGGAGAUGUUAAUCUUGAUGAUCAAACGCAGAUGACAUCCUUUGAGAUCGAUCUCAAAGACAAGAGGUACCAGGACGACUUCAGGCCCCUGGUGGAGGGGUGUGGCUGCUACUGCUGUAAGAACCACCAGAGGGCGUACCUGCACCACCUGCUGGUGACCAAUGAGCUGCUGGCUGGAGUCCUGCUCAUGAUCCACAACACAGCCCACUAUCAUGCCUUCUUCGGCGCCCUGAGAGAAGCGCUGGCCAGCGAUAAACUGGAGCUCCUGAAGAGACGGGUACUUGGGGAGAGAGGCGGCCGCAAGGACUGAUAACUCAGAUUGAUAGGAGGGGGACUGAUCCUGCUCUUAAGGAUCACAAGACUCACUUGGCAAGACACAAUCAAAGCUCCGUCGCACUUCUGCAGAGACCUUGGGACUGAGUACCUCCAUAUGUCACCAUAAGUCAUGUCUCUGAGCCACAUUACAAAGAGGAGGAUGAAAGGACAACGGAGCAUAUGAAGACAACCGUUUGAUGUUUGCCCUUUGGGCUUUGUGUCCUGGUUUCACACCAGGAGGGGCCGCCUCCUUAGGCUUGUGUAUUGAUCCGAACAGAUAUCCAGGAGGUGAAGGCAGGGUUAGAGCGCUGAAGACGAUAAGGAGCUGGAUACGAGGUCAAGAGGAAUUUGCAUAAAGAGAGAAAUGUAAGGAUGGAUAGUGGUGUUAUAUUGACUGACUGAAUCCCUGUGCCUCCUGCUCUGGUCAGAUCACAGGUCAGUAGAUGACCAAUAGCCUCUGGACUCAUUGACAUAGCAGCAUAGACAAGAGGGAAAACCACCCUAGAUGAAAAAAUGACCAAAAUGGAUCCCUCUUUUCUCUUGUCAUACAUUAACCACCUGAACAGUUUCUGGGCAUGUUGUGCGCAGUACACUGCAAUAUAAACAUCCUGCACCUCUAUAGAAACAAUAUGAUCAUGACUUGAAUUAUUGACAACUUUAAAUUGUCUAUUGUGCAGUAGAAGAAGGCAAUCACUUGGUUCAUUCAGGCUUUAAAAUCACCUUGUUGGGCAGAGCAGCGUGGUGGGUCUGUGGAGUGAGCUGCUUUCUCAGACCAAUGAAACUCCAUGUAACGUUCACUGAUAGUUUUUAAGUAACAGGCCUUGAAUUAAAUGGUUCGGAGUCAUUAAAAACAGCUCAUAUCUGCAUUUAUCUACCGCAUCAAAACAGGACAUAGUAAAGUAGUAAAACCCGCUUCUUGCUUGAUUUAAUUGGCUUCCUGGUCCAAGAGUGACAUUGACAAGCAGUUGGACUCUUAACUUUUAUGUGUGUCUAAAAAAGCUAGAAAAAAAGAAGAACUCUAUACAUACAACAGUUUUCCAAGACCCUGAUUGUUCCAAGUAUUGUCAAUACAUUUGGUUUCUUCAGGCGAUGUUUAUUGAGCCAUUUACAGUUCAUCAACCCCUUAGCGUGCUCUCCUCUCUGUAUAAGCAGCCUGCAGUUCAAUCGAGGUCUUUCUUUCACGUAACUGCUGGUCUCAGCUGAAUUAUUCAUGGCUUGCUGGUUUUGCUUAGGGGCACAGAAGUUAGAUCUUGAGAUCUUCCCUGAUGGAACACAUGAUGUGUGUACAACCAUUGGAAAUGUAACCUCUGUAUUCACAGUAUGAUAAACGUUUUGCUUUUUUUUUUUAAAGAUAAAAUGCCCUCUAGACCAUGCCAGUGGGUCGAGGGGUUAAGAGGGUUAAAAUGUCAUGUGCACAAUAAGAUUUCCUUGAGGCCUUUUGUAAUUUCAUACUUUAUUAACCUGAUGUCAACAAGCAUUUGUCAUUUGUUCUCAUGCUCCAUGAAUGUUUUUAAUGUUUCAGCUGGAUGAGCUUCUCACACACAGGUAGAUACUUCAUGUCAAACCCACUGACUAACCAGCACGCCUGAUGACACUGUGUGUCACAUUAAACAAGCGGCUCUCAUGCA